CGGAAAGUAGCCUUUCUGGAGUCGUAUAUAGCAGGUGGAAACAUAGCAGCCCCUGGCAAGUGGCCCUGGGUGGUGUCUCUGGCAUACCUGGACAAGCCAAUCUGUACUGGUGUUUUAAUUGGAGCCAGAUGGGUUUUGACAGCAGCCCACUGUGUCAUGUUUGCUGUGGAUACUCUCCAUGAUUACAGCAAGGUCCCCUUCUACUACACCAUUAGGGCAGGAACAGUCAUCAUUCCUGGAAAUGGUUCCAGUUCUGGCACACACCAGUCACAGAAUGUUUCCAAGAUAUUUUUCCACCCAGAGAGGUCCAUUCUAGAGAACGGCGGUGUGGACUGGGACAUUGCUCUGCUGCUGCUGCAAGAUGACCUGGUCAUGUCAGACUUUGUUCAGCCCUUGUGUCUACCAUCCUACGCUCAGGUUUUUUCAUCAACAUCUUUAUGUUACCUGGCCGGCUGGGGAAUUCUUAGUUUUCGCCAAUACCUGAGAGCGAGCCAGCUGAGGGACACCAGAAUGCAGAUGUGGUCGGAAAGUCGAUGUAGCAGGAACACAGUGGUCGGUGAAAAGGCUGUCAACACAAACUCCACAAUCUGUGCUGGCUUUCUGUUUGGCACACCUACAGCAUGCCAGGGUGACAGCGGCGGACCACUCAUGUGCCUGGACCAAGUUUCAGGGCGUUAUCUACUGGCUGGUCUUGUCAGUCGGGGCAGUGGUCAGUGUGGCAUGUCACAACCACAUGCUCGUAGUAACCGAUUUGCUAGAGUAGCUAUGGCAGUCCCUUGGAUAGAUGAACUCUUGAAUAGAUAA